UUGGUGAUUGUUAAAUUAAUGUCAUCCGACAUUGCUUGCUGUCUCUCCGCUGCUCCACAAAGACACGUCUGCUGUUUGGCGGAGGGAUCCAACUGCCGGUGAAAGAGGAUACAGUUUAUGUCGUUCUUCCGAUUUGGACAACUUUUUAUUCUUCGUGCACAUGAACCACGAAUGCAAGUGAUAUUCAUUGGAAGCUAUUUCAGUGAAAUAUUGACCUUUGAGGAACAACUAUAGGCUCAGUUCAGAACCGGGUGCUCCGAAUAUCGUCUGCUUCAGGUGCAGUCGUCUGCUCAGGAUUGAUGACACUACGUGACACGACAGCCGAUCGCUAUACAACGCUGUACUAUACAACGUACAAUUAUACCCCUGUUUAACGUGCAUCAAGCUGUGUGAUAAAGACAAGUUAUCUUGACUGGAUGUUUAUCGCGUUGUCGCCACAAUACGAGAGUGAAUUAUACACACAUUUCAUCCUUCGUACAAACUUCACCUUGAGACAUUUUCGGAUCUCUUAUUUUGUCGGAAAUAUACGAGGCACCUGUCAAAAAAAGUUAUUCUGGUAACAGGCGUGUCUUGGCGUAUAGCUCUUCAUCAGUGCUUGUCCCUCAGUGACCCUGUGUGGACUUUGUGAAACAGCGUGUACAAGGAUAUCAUCUACGGCAUGGAUGUAGAAACCAGAUAAGUCGACAGCAGCAGCAUCAGGGAUGGCGGAGUCACCAUCGUGGGUGAAACAGUUUGGCGCAAGCCAGCGUCCAAGAUCUCAGUCCGUGCAGCCGGGAUCACCGGCGUUCUGGGAUGCAAACAGGACAACGUACCAACCGCUGAAAUGGCAAACAGAAUACAACUACGGAAAUGCACCGAGUGCUUCGCCCGUUGCCACGGCAAUUUCCAGUCAAGGGUCAAGGCCAUCAGCUCAGGCAAGUUCAAGAUCAGCCUCGUCGUUAUUUCCUAGAAUAGGUUCGGGUGGAAACCUGGACACAAUCCCUGAAGAUCAGUUUCUGGAGCGGGGAACAGAUUUCCGAUUCGUCGGCGGCGUCAGGAACCCAGUGUUUGAAAUGAGUGACUUGCAAAAUCCGUUUCGUUCCCAAAACAGACGUUAUUCUGAAAGUGAUCUGUUAGAUAGAGACUACAAUCAGAACGGCCAGCGUAACGAGGCGCCCCACUUCCGGCGCCAACAGUUAGACUCUGACGGAAAUGGCGAUCGUGAUCACCUGAAUCGGCGAAGAGGUUUGCAUGACCAUGACCCUCGCAGUGACCUGCGCAAUGACAUGCGCAGUGACCUUCGAAGUGAUCCUCGUAAUGACAUUCGUAAUUCCCGGACUGAUCUGCGACCUGAUUCUAGAACUGAACUGCGCCCUGACUUACGCACAGAUUCCCGAAGUGACCUGCGCGGUGACCAGCGUAGUGAUUCCCGAAGUGACCUGCGUGGUGAGACUCGGAGUGAGGUCAGUGUUGGCGGAAAGAGUGCUAAAAGCGGGCGUAGUGAGAGCGUUGUGAGCGGUAAAAGUGACGAGACAAAAAUUACAUCGCUCACCGCAAAUAGUGACCGACGUCAAGCGGGGUCAAGGUCGGGCAAAGAACGUCGCCCAAGCUCGACUCCAAGUCGGCGAAGUGGGGAGUCCGCUAGAUCAUCAUCAUUGAUUUCAAAUAAUAACAAUAAACCCGAGCCCACUGCUCAAACCUCCAGCACUAUUGAGAUCCCUAUUGAAUUUAUAGAAACGCCCGCUACACGCAUCAAGAAACUGUUCGGACCUCUUAUAAUGUGUGUGCUGGUCAUCACGCUAGCGGCGAGUCUUGGCGCCGCCAUCUACUUCGCUACGGUUCUGAAAGAUGCUCAACAACAAACAAUAGAGAUUUUAAGGGCACAGCUUGAGAUGUCAAUGUCAACGUCCGGCGUGAACGUUCAAACGUUAAGUUUACGGCAGAGACAGAAUCUGACAGAGUCCUACUGUAAACAGGUGGAUCUGUUUUACAAAGAGAGUUCGUUGUUUCAAGAUACAUAUAAAAAAUGCCAAGUGGACUCAAUCACGAACAACAAGAUUAAGUUUACUCUGUUCUUUGAGGACGAGGAAGACAAGGCAACCACUGACAACAUUGUCGACGUCCUGAAGGGCCGUGCUACAGAUAGGGGCAAGUCGAUGGUCCAGAUAAACCAGUUGAAACUGGAUAUUGCCAGUGCCAAGGUCACGGUAGAGAAGGUCAAUGAUGACGAAGAAUUAACGUCUACGUUUGCGACACCUCCGUCGCCUAAAUCCCCGACGACGAGUAGAACAAGGAAGUCAACUUCAUCUACAUCAACGUCAUCGCCUACCGUGACGCCAUCCACCGCUUCUGUUACACAACAGCCCCGGUCAUCCACACCCGACCCAUGUGUGGGUAAGACGGGCGACUACAUACAACAUCCUCGGCAGUGCAACCUCUACAUCCAGUGCCUGAACGGGGAGAGUGUUCUGUUUACCUGCCCUACCGGCACGGUAUUCAACAUCACGCUCAAGGUGUGCACUGUCAAGAACGACAACAUGCAGUGUACAGCCGACCCGUGGGACCCCUGUAAGUCGAACAGCGAGCAACAGUACUACCCCUACCCCGAAGACUGCAGGCUGUUCUUUCAGUGUCAACACAACAAGUCAAUAGUUCGGGUGUGCCAGAAUAACCACGUCUUCGACUCAGACCAGAAGAUCUGUGUCCCUCCGUCCCCCGAUGUCAAGUGCCCUUCCCCUCCCGUCCCCUCGCCUCAAUCCGUCAUCGCGCCAGUGACGCAUAAAACAGGCGACAGUCACGUGACCGGAACGACAAACAGACCCGGAACCGGAAGUACAACUACCCCGCCACCUAUAAUAUAUCCAGGAAGACCAGAGUACUCUUCAACUCCCUGUGCAGACGGCACCAAUGGUGGAUUGUACCCAGACCCUUCCAACUGUAGCCGUUAUAUCCUCUGUGAAUACAAAAACGAAAGAAUCAUGUCAUGUGCGAAAGAUCUGUACUUUGACCCUAAGAUCAAAGUCUGCAUACCUGCCAAGAAUGACCUCUAUUGUCCCGACAUCCGACCUUGUGAAGGUCGCGAUCAAGGUUUUUUCCCCCACCCACGUAAGUGCAACAAGUUUAUCAUGUGCAACGACGGAAAGGAGGUAAUACAGACGUGCAUGCAUAGCCUCGUUUGGAACCCACACGUGAACUCUUGUGUUCAUAAAACGAACUCUGUCAGUUGCCCGGAUGAAGACACGUGACUAUAAUGAUGACGUCACGCCGAUAUGUAUCUGUGAUAGAAGACAAGUUAGAGCGGGACUCUAACUAUAAUAUAUUGUUCCUUGUUGUGGUAUAUUCCUUGUUCAAUGAAUGUUCUGUACGUUUUAUGAACAGGGCCAGUCGGAGUGAUUCAGUAGAACUGAAUUCUUGCAUUCAUACUGUACAUUGAAUCACGGCUAAUGAAUCCUGUCCUAAUACCGAGUUAGAAAGGACCACGACAAUCUAUGGUGGUCGUGAGAGGCGACUAACAAGAUCGGGUGGUCAGACUCACUGACACUGGCUUGUCUGGUCGAGAUAAUUUCAGGCUACUGUCGCGGAAUUAAAAUAUUUCUGAGUGCGGCGUUACAAAUCAGACUAUCACGCACAAGCACAUACACGCACAAACGGACAGACGCAAACACAAAAACACGCACUCGUUUCAAAUGAUAUGAAAAGCUGCCACAGAACGCAAAUGCAUGUCGUACAGGUUGUUACAGUGUUGCUACGACAUGUUUUCAUGACGUUGCCAUGACGACAAACUUGUUACCAGGGUCAACAACACAAGAAGAAACGAGUAAACAAAGCAUUGUGAACAAGUGGUAACUUCUAAAUUUUGGACACUACCCAUUAGAACUUUAAUGUUGUAAUAUAGGAAAUACCGGUUGGAAUUACAAUUGCUAUUUAUCUACACAGACAUGUACAAAGUUUCUUUGAUAUGACAAUCUGUUAGGGCUCCCUUAAUUCUGGUUUAUUACAGAACCAAUAUUUGAGCUACAUUUCCCGAUGUAUUUCAUGAACUAUCGGGUAUUACGUGAGACCCCUCAAGAUUCAUCCUCCAUUGUAUGGAUGUAUGUUCUUUAAAUGUUACUGGGUACAAUGUGAUGUUUUUGAUAUAUUCGUUGUCACUGUUUCUAUUUAUGCAAUAAAACCUCCGUGUUAACCUGA